AUGGCGGCCUUUAGGUUGAGUUUUGCUUGCUCCAGCUCAAAGGUUAGAUUAUCUUUAUAGGGGAAAUGAAUUACCUGAUUUAUCCUGAUAAAAUGGUGUUGAAAGUUGUUAAGAGCGCCUGUCCGUAAAAAUCAAACAUAUCGCGGCAAGGGUGAAAAAUUCGAUUUCUUUCAUAUUUUAAUGUUAGAUAGGCCAGGGUAUAACUAAAAUCACUGUAUGGUUUUUUUGGUGAAAUAUCCUUUUAUUUCAGAGAUAAAUGCAAAUAAGCAAAAUACAUUAAAAUCGUCAUUUGAGGCGCUCAAUUAUUACAUGGGUUUGAAAGCCUCGCGUGCAAAAACGGAUUACUCUACCGUCUUUAAAACAUCACAGCCUUCUUUUACAACUUCUAAAUAUCUGUUAAAAUGAUUUGGGGAGAUAGUGCUCUGUUCUUUGUAUACAAUAUAAUUUAAUUUCGAAGGCAUACAAUUUACUUCAGUAAAAGUAAUGCGUGAAAAAACGUAAUUUUCACCAUGUGCGAAACCUUCAAAUCGAUUGAGCUGCUGGUGGUUGAAUUUUAGAAGGGUGGUCUACAGAUUCCUGUAAAAAUUUCUUUGGGCAAGUGAUUAAUAGGCACGCGAGAGCUUUUACAAAAUCUGUUAAAAAUGCAGAUUUUUGACCUUCUGCGGUCAACUUUGAAGUUGCGAGUCGGACAUAAAUUUAGUCCCUUCAUUUUUCUAAACCCACAUUAAGUUAAAAUAAGCAGAUAGAAAACCCUUUCGAAUUGUUUUUACCUUAUGAUGAGCAGUAAAGGACCGGUCCAAAGAUCAUUUUAGCACGAUUUUCCGGUCGUUCGUCGCUUGACCUCUGGUUUGUAACGUCUGCAAUUAAUACACCUCACACCCGACACACCGCGUCAACUUUCGACGUCUUCAAAGGUCGAAUACCAAUCUUUGAUCAGUUUUAGGCGAAUUUUAUCACGAUUGCAUCUUCUUCGACGGCUUAGCCGUUUGUUAAACAAUGCUUUACACCGCAAGAAAGUAUAUAUCUGACCGGUGCUACAACGGCACAAUAAUGUCGACGCUGUUCGUCACGCAAUACUGUCAUGUGCAUUUUCACUGGGGAGGAGUGGUGGUGCUAAAAAGUACAUGUAGCACACCUAGAAACCCUUUACACACGACUAAAGAGUUUUUUUAAAGCCGAUUUAUCAACGAAUACUACGCAUUUGCACGAUGGCAUUACUUUACUUUACCUUUCAUGUAUUUUUUUAAAUUUAGUAAUCCCAGCAAGAUCAAAAGUCCUGAUUUGUACAAGAAAGCGAACUGAGGAUUCUGGUCGUAGCAUAAAAUGGUGUCAUCGUUAGUUACGACAUAAUAAACAUCGACAAAAAACUGAACCUGUUGGCGCUGCGACAAAAAAUAGAGUUUGGCCUUUGCAAAAAAUUGGAAAAUUUUGUAAUUAACAAAACUUGAAAGAUGCCUACAGCUUUUUGUCAGGCGACAAAAUCCUCUGUUCCUUUUAUUUUGACAGCUAUCCUUCGUUGGGUCAUCUUAUUUCGCGAACGUUACCAAUUAACGUUAUUGGUUACACUAACAACUCGCGUGUCACAUUUGCGAACAGGGUUUCAAAAAUGAAAAAGAAGCAAGAAUCAUUGUUGCAGGCGCUAAUCAAAAGGGGUAUGCUGCUAGUUGCGACCUGUUGUAUACGAAUUUUUGUGAGUGUAAUCAGUUCUUGUUUUGUAUAAAAAGGUUAUGAAAGUUUUCUGUACAGAUUCUUCGAGACUUGUGCCUUUUAUUCGUUAAAACACCGAAGUCCCUUUAAACACUUUACACGAAUGUAUAGUGACUGCGGCCCGGGAGAGAUGGGGAUGGGUAAUCCCUUAUAUCGGCUAUAUAGGUGUGUGCGGCGCCAAAGAGUAUGGUUUUUUAUCUUUUUUGGUCUAAAAAAGGGUAUCAGUUUCGACCAGUUUGGUCUGGGUAUGUUUUUUUAGAAGAAGCUACUUCUUCAUAAUUAGGCGAUAAGACCAUUUCCCUUUGGGUUUUAGGCUAACCGGGUACGUUUCGUAACAGUACAAUUUUGUACAGUUUUGUGUCCUACUUAAUCAAAGUGUAUCAACAUUGCCUUUAACAUUGGUCUGACCUAGGGAACUGAUUAUAAGGCAGGUCUGAAAUAGGGUAUUGAUUUAAGGAUCAGGUCUGAAGUAGGGUAUCAAAUUUUUGAUCAGGUCUGAAAUAGGGUAGGAAAAAUCUCAGAUUUUGGUCUGAAAUAGGGUAAGGGUUUCAGAAGGCGUGCCGCACAACCCCGCCAAAAUUUUUCUGGAAGUACCCCCCCUUCCCCGCCCCACACCGCCAGGGAUUGCGUGAAUAGCGCGCGCACUGCAAAAGAUUGUGACGUCACAGCUCAUGCAAACCCGACUUUUGCAUGGGCUGAUUUAGCAACAGAACGCGAACGUCAGUUGACGACGGAAAGCGCGCGGAAACGACUAAACGCGACUUUCGUUGCCAAUGUGCCGUUCUGUUGUUUGAUUUGCGCGCGCCGUCGUCAACUAACGCUCCCGUUCUGUUGCUAAAUCAGCCUAGAGUUGUGUUUGCAAGAGAGUUUGUAGUAAUGACGUCACGAUCUUUCACGGUGCGCGCGCUAUUUACGCGCUGGCACUUUGCUCUUUAUCUUCGAGAUUAUCUUCGUCAUCAAUAAGCAGAUCGUCCCAUUCCUCUUGUAUUCCUACUAUUUAAGAAAGUUAUGAGGAGUAGAGAGAGGGCGCUUAUUCGAUAGGGGCGCUUGUUUGAUAUUAUGGCCAACGGGGUGAGCGCUUAUUCGGGGACGGGCGCUUAUUAGAGCGUGGGCCCUUACCGAGGUAAUACGGUACACAGAUAUGUAACAGGUUAAAUCAAAAAGAGUUAAAAUGAACGCACAGGACAGACCACCAAACGGGUUCAGAUGCAUUUAUACAAAAUAGAAAUGCCGUUUGUUGAAAGGAAAAGUUAACAAGCGCCUCCCUUAUUAAGCGCCCUCCUUCCAGUUUAAGCACCUCUCCUUUUAGCCGAGCUGGGGCGCUUGUUCGAGGAAAUACGGUAUUUACAUGUAUUUAUAUUUGCAAAAUAUAACGAAGUUUUAAAGAGCUGUCUCGCAACACCACCACUACUAUGAUUCUAAGAGAAGGGUUGGGAAAUGACCUAAAUGUCAAAGGUCCCUAGACUGUGACUGCAUGCUUACGUAAGAGUUUGUUCUACAGAAUUGCAGCUGCAGACUUUUACUAAAUUCUUUAACAACUCCAAGUACGACUUCCUUUCGGCAGGUUAUGGCACUGAUAACGGUCCUGAUACCGUUUAAUAAAAUCACCCAGUCCGGGAGCUGACAACCAAAAUUGUGAAUAAACAAAAUGACCAGUAUUUGGAUCUUAAUAGGGAAAGACCGUGUCUAAGGGUAUCACUAUCUUAAGCUAUAGAUUGUCUUCAUUCACUCUAUACCGGAGAGCUUUUGUGCAGGCACAAAAAGAAAGCAUAUCCGAUAGGGCUUCUGUUCACGCAAAGAAGGGUGAUUUCGGUCCGAAAAAGCCCCGGGUGGUUACUUGGUUAAUUUUUUCUGGGUAUGUGCCCGCUGGCCUCUCAGAGCCCCUACCCCAUUAUAGUCUAUUUUGUGGCCAAUUAUAGACCCCAUCUUAGUCACUUUUGGGCAAAUAUGUAAUUUUCGCCAUCCCAACCUUCACUUUCACUGUCUAUUUUCAUGAAUUGACCAAUUUUUUAGAUUGAAUGAGACCACUUUACUUUCCGUCUGCAGCAAAAAAAAUUGUGGUACGUUUGCUAACCAUAAAUAUGACGAACAGUCUUACCCCAAAAAUCCGAAAAUGUGUGACCCCAUUCUAGUAACUCUAUUGAAAAUGCGACCCCAUUAUAGUCAAUCAGUCGUAAAAAUGCAACCCCAUCCAGCGGCGCAUCCCCAUUAGCCUCUUAUAAGAAAGUACCCCAGCCCCCCUCCCCACCGGAAAAAAAAAGCUGCGACGCCCCGAUCUCUAAACAGGAGAGUCACAUACCGGAUAGGUGUUCAUACUUUACCGGAUAGCUUUUUGUGUCUGCGCGAAAAGCUAUGCAGUAUAGUGAUCAGCCUUAAUUAUUGCUGUUGUUCUCGUUGUGGCCGUUUGCCACUUCACCCUUCUCCACCCCGCUAAAUUAUAUUGCGUGACUUACAAACGGCUGCCUGCAAUUCAAGAUAUGAGCACCGGCAUUUUUGUGUCAUUCUGUUGUAGCAGUCAGAUGUAGUAUCUUGUAAUAUUUUCAGAUACUACAUUCUAAGCAAUGUUUAGCAAAUGACCGAGCCGUCGAAAAAGAUGCAGUCGUAAUGAAAAGCCCCGAAAGUUGAUCAAAGAAUUGUAUUUGUCCUGUGAACACGUUGACAGUUGGCGCGGUAUACAAUUACACGUUACAAGACAAAGAUCACACGACUCGAUAAUCGGGCUAAAGUGGCCUUUGGACUCGUCUUUUUCAGCAGAUUUUGAGGUAAGAACAUUUCAAAAGGGUUUCCUAAUUGUUUAUUAUAAUCUACUGCGAGUUUAGACUAGUGACGGGACGAAAUUUUUGUCCGCCUCGCAACUUCAAAGUUCGGUCAAAGAGUCAAGUAUCUGCAUUUUUAACAGAUUUUGUAAAGCUCUCGCGUCGCUAUUAAUCAUUUGCCCAAAGAAAUUUUUACAGGAAUCUGUAGACCAUCCUUCUAAAAUUCAACCACCAGCAGCUCAAUCGAUUUGAAGGUUCCGCACAUGGUGAAAAUUACAUUUUUCCACCCAUUACUUUUUUUACUGAAGUAAAUUGUAUGCCUUCGAAAUUAAAUUAUAUUGUACACAAAGAACAGAGCACUAUCUCCCCAAAUCAUUUUAACAGAUAUUUAGAAGUUGUAAAAGAAGGCUGUGAUGUUUUAAAGACGGUAGAGUAAUCCGCUUUUGCAUGCGAGGCUUUCAAACCCAUGUAAUAAUUGAGCGCCUCAAAUGACGAUUUUAACGGAUUUUGCUUAUUUGCAUUUAUCUCUGAAAUAAAAGGAUAUUUCAUCGAAAGAACUAUACAGUGAUUCUAGUUAUACCCUGGCCUAUGUAACAUUAAAAUAUGAAAGAAAUCGAAUUGUCCACCCUUGCCGCGAAAUUUUGAAUUUGUCUGAUUUUUACAGACAGGCGCUCUUAAGAGACAAAAAUAAAUCUAUGUCUCCUCUGGUGACUACUCCCAGCCACGUACUAGUUUGCCGAGGCACGUAACCUGCUGGGCCUGUUGAUCCCUGUUGAAAGGAAAGUAUUUAUUAAAGUGGGAGGGAGCUCAAUAUAGAGUGGAUGCUUAUAUGAUUUAGUCAAUCACAUUCCUUUUAGCGGAAAAAGAUCAUGUAAUAAAUGAAAGUCUGCAACAUCCAAUCCGAUCCCAGAACUACAGGAAAGUCCAUGGGGGAGAGGAGGGCGGGGGCUUUUUUUUUUAUUAUUCACGGUAAUAUUUAAGUGUUUGAUUUCGGUGAAAGGAUAGGUGGGGUGGGGGCAUAGUGAAAGUUUACAGUUUAGUGAAGUUUGCCCAUCGAAUGAAUUGGAACUCACACAAAAAAAAUUGAAUUGAAGGAAAUCAAAAAUUCAUUUUUCAAACUUAAUUGGACGAAAGAGUGUGAUUGAGUGUGGACUGUGGUCAUUGAGCGAAGUGGAGCUCACAAAAGAAAACAGGUAUGGAAUAAAAUUGAACGUUCGAAUUUCGAACUCUUGAUGGCAGGUAGCCUGCGUAGCAGGCGCUCGGAAGUAGUGAGUGAAAGAGAGAACAGAUGAGCGAGAGGGAGACACAUGAGGGGUGAGGGAGGAUGGCAGGUACAUUACUGAGAACUGCUUGUCCUAAGGGCAAGCUGGAAUUCAAUUUUUUUUGCAAGCGCUGAUCACCAUUUGAUUUUGUUUUCCAAGAUUAUAGUCCAGGCACUGAACUGACAAAAAUGUUUUGUGUUCAAUUGUUCGAUAGCCAAACUGCAUCAAACUCUUUUGUUCGGAAGAGUUCAAUUGAAAUCAGUUGAGUUUGAUGGCAAUUUUAUUAGAUUUUCUUUGGUGUGGUACACUAUGCUUUAUACAGAGCCCUCACUGAUAGCAGUCCUUUGACUGUAAAGGGUUAUCCUGUGAAAUUGUCAAGUAACCUGCAUAGCAAGCAUUUCUGCUUAAGUUAAUGAGCGAAAGCUGGAACAAGAGCAAAAAAUAUUUAUGUGCAAUAACUCGAGCAGAAACGUUUGCUAUGAAGGCUAAAAUGUUGGUUAAAAUUUAUUUAAAAGGGAAAUGUGCCUUCCUCUAAACUGAGGAGUUUUAGAGUGGAUUUAUUAUAUUCAUUGCAAUUAUGUCCACAGAUGUGGAAUCUUCCAACUCUCAUCAGAGCACAUGAUUCCAUGGUCACAUCCAUUUUACUCAUACAAAGGAGACCUAAGAUGAGCAAAUCGUCACCUUUCCCUAAAAGAAACAACCCAAUGAAAAAGCAACGUGAAGAUGUCAGGAAAUCUAUGCCUGGAAUUUCCAAAAUGAACAAGGAGAAAGCAAUGGACCGACCAUUCUUCAUUGAUAGUCCAGGUAUCUGCUUGUAUGGUGAUGUGUUGAGCAGGUUUUACAUUCUAGGACUUAAAUAAGUUUUAAAUUAAUCAGGGUUUUGUGGAAAGAUUAGAGGACAAGGUCAUGAGGGUAGAAUUUUGUAUGAUAAAAUGAAUGUCUUCCUACACAACUGAGAGUCCAAAAUGUGUAGUUGUAAAUCUAGAAGCUCUGAUUUCUUCAAUGAUUCGGUAGCAUGCUUAUUCAUCCCACCUUAACAAUAUUGUAAGUGGUCCUCUGUUGACUUUUAGGGAUGAUCUUUAGUGAUUACCUUCCUGUAAGAAGAUUCUUUAUCUUAACACCAUCGGUAAGUAGAUACAAAAACACUUUUCACAUUUCACAUUCCAGGAAUAUCCCUGGUGUUAAAGGUUUUCUAGUCCAAAAGUGACUAUUAAAGACACAACAUAAGAUUAUAAUAAAGCAAAAAAAUGAUAGUUGCAUUAAAAGCCAGCUCUGUGAAGUGAAAAUUGUAGUGUUUUAAGAUCGGCAUGAUUUAAUUUUCUUGAUGGUAUGUUUUUUGUCGUAGGGUAUAAAGGAGAGGUGGAAUGCUUUCAAAAAUGGUUUAUGGACCAUUUAUAGGUAUAAUGAAAAAUUACUUUAAUGGCAUUCUGCACUUAUUAGACAUCAAUAGAAAAGCAAGAAUCAAUGCUGUGCUCUAAUGAAAAUUCAAGGGAGUCCAGUGCUAUAAACCUGUAAAGUCUAGGAUACCCAGCAUAUGAUUUGUAGAAAAAACCAAGGUUUUCUAGUCGCUCAAGCACAAAAGUUGGGUGCCAGGAGGCACUGAGCUCAUAGAAUACAGCUGUGGAAACAAAAUAAGCAACAAAUCAUGGAGAAUGUUGGAUAUGGCCUGUUUUAUGUAAAACAUACAGCCUCUUUUUAUUGUGGAAAUUUAGCAUGUAGUAGUGAGGAUUCUUUGACACCAGGGCCCCCAAGAUAAGCCAGGGUUAGUGUGAAAUUUGAAUUCAGACAUGUAAGCUUAAAAAGCAAAUUUAGUUUUAUUCUUUUUCAAAUUGAUUUGGUAUCUAGAUGCUCUCACAAGAAUAGAGAAAAUCAUCUUAUAAAAUGCUUUUAAACAAAAGAAAAAAAAAUGGAUUAAAAUUUAACCAUUGGUUAGAGCUAAUCAGCUUUUGAACAACUGAGUCGAGAGUAGUAACCACAGUGAAAAUGGAAGUGAAAAGAUUUAAAAAAAAAAAAAUCUUAAUUUCAUUUCCACUUUUUUUCUUAUAAAUAUUAUUUUUAGCCUUGUUCAUGUCAGAAAACAUUGUAAGCCAUUCAAGUUGAAAGAAUUUGCUAACGAGGCUCAGGAAAUUUACAUUGAUGUGAACAAAGCUGUUAUCAGGUAAGUGGCUGCCGAAUGACUGCUGACAUAAGAAUAGAGUGUGUUUUUAAGCCUUAAAAUCCUGAUCUCCACCCUGUCCUCCACACAUUUCCUGUGGUAUUGAUGAGGAGAAUUUCUUUAACAGUGAAGGCCUUUUCAAAUUCACCAUCCUUCUGUAUUUAUUUACAGUCAAGGCCCUUCGCACUUGUUGGUGAUUCCCCUUUUUCCUAUAAACUUUAUGUUUUAUUGCAUACUGUUGCUUUAGAGGAAAAUAUUGUUUGUUGGUCUUUAUUUUUUCGAGUCAACCGGUUAGGUUAAUCAUCGGACACUUCAACAACUAAUUAAAUAUAAUAACAAGAGUCUUAAUAGUUUCACUUCCUUUAGCCGUAAUAAUCCAAAAACCCAAUACAAGAAAAAUCCACUUGCCCUUAAGAAACCAAGUUUCAACAUAUAGGGUUGUGUGGAUAGAAUGGGUGGGGUCAAGGGUGGGGUGCCAAGUUCCUGCACCCUAGACAGUCAGUAUUUUCGGUUUGUUGUCAUCCAGAAAUUUUGCCAUCAUGGCAACCUGAUGUAACAAUGGUGACAGUCACCAUUGUCACCAUUGUUACGUCAUGUUGCCAUGGUGGCAAAAUUUCUGGAUGACAACAAACCGAAAAUGUCACUUAAAAAAGAAUUCACACUGUUCAAAAUGCAUCGAUCUCAUUCUAUUUCAUUUAAUUUCUCAAAUGUUGGCAAAAUUUUCUGCAGUUAAGUUCAAAAGGACCGUAUCUAAGUUGAGAAAAAAAUAUAGAAAAUUUUUGUUCUGUGUUAAUGCACUCCAUAACUAGUAAAAGCAGGUGCAUGAAAUUAGGAAGUUUCAUGUCGCAGUUGGCUAAGAAAUGUACAAAAACGCGUGAUACACGCACAAAGUUGUUGUUUUGCUAAUGUAAGCUAGUAUAUACCUCUUGCUUGUUUGCCAUUCUCAUUGCAAUUGCCGUCAUUGUUACUUAAUUAAGCUCCCUAUUGUUGUGAUCCAGAAAUUUUGCUACAACACACUUCUUUUCUCUAUUCCUUUUUGCAGUAAAGAUAAACAAAAACUUCAAGAUAAUGCAACAAGUUCAGUAUACUUGGUAAGCCAAACAAUGUACUUUAUUAUCGUUUUUACGAGGUGGCCUUCACUUUCCAACUUUUUCUUUUCACAAAGUAGAGACUUAGAAAACACCUAAUUAAGGCAGGAAAAAAGAAUAUUAAAUUUACUAUAGUUCAGGAUUUUAUCCUGAAAGUCAGGAGUGAAACAGGUGAACAGUGAACCUUUUUCAUAUUAAGUUUUGUGAAAAAGACUAUGGUUAAGCAUGACUUUCUUCCCAAACUAGCUUAUUAUUUUUAUCAUGGAAUUUUGAUUUCUCAAACCUCCUGAUUAUUCAAACAAAAACCUGAAAUCCUUUUCCUAGUCAAACACUUUAAAUAUUACCUCUGAUAUAUUGUCAGAACAUCCUAAUAUUUAACAGAUUUCCUUUUCCCUUGCCUACAUCGUGGACACAAUAGAACUCCGGUUAGUAACUUCUGCUAAGCAACCCUGAGAUCCCUGUACUAGGCCCUCAAUGGACUUGACAAAUUAUCAGAAGUGCAUUUGAAAUUCUUUUCAACCUGAUCAUGAUUGGCAAAUCAACAAUAGUUUUUUUAACAGGUUAAUCAUCAUCGGGCAUUCUCAUAUCCAGGUACACAGGUGUGGGCCCAGAACAAGGACUUAAGUACUGUUUCGGAGACAGACUGGUGCAGGCUGCUUUUCCCCAGACAAUUCAAACAAGUGGGACUGCACUCUUUUUUGUCUGCAGCUUAUGAACAACAAAUUUGUUGUUUUUGUUUUCUCAGUCACUUAGGAAUCUGUACUUUUCUCCAGACAAAAAUCUUCACUGGCGAUACGUGUCAACUGUAACAAGGCCCAAGGUAGUACAUGUUCGAGCGAACCCUGUGGAGACUAAGACAAAUUUGUUUGCUCAAAUAACAGUCAGAAUCCAUUCAAAACAGGUAAGAAGACAACAAUUAACAAAUAACUUCAUGGGCACAGGUGGUAGAUUGUUGGGCUUUUAAAAAAGAUAAUCAAUCAGUUUCUUCCAACCCCUUACACUAGACGUACACACACCUAACACUACACUCUUCUCUGGUGAAAUCACUGGACACCAAUGUUCAUAAUAUGUUGUGAGUUUGAUAACACAGUAAAAAUGCGUGUGAAGAGCCAUUAAAGCAUUGCACACUGCAUAGAAAACAGGAAGAAAAUAUCACAAAGACAUCUCUUAAAAGUAACAGUUGGCUGUCUCGCAGACCCCAAUAUAAUGAGUUCGUUUUGAAUGACAAGUCUGCCUGCAACUCAAGCUGAAGUAACAGUUUCUAUUUUUCUUUAAAGGUUAUGGCAAUUAAAGAUAAGCACGGACGGCAUAUAAAAGGAAGCGACAAGGAGGUCAGAGAAGUUGUUGACUAUGUAGUGUUUGAGCGGCACCUGACCAAUAAAUAUGGCAAGUGGAGAGUUUGUGGAAAGCUUUUCCCACAAUUACCAAGGAAACAGAACACUAUGCAACCACAGCUUUCAGCUGGCAAGGAUGUUCCAUCAGUAUGAAGAGAAAACAUCCUAUCUAGGAUCUCCCUCACUUACUCUGGAAAGAGAGAAGGGGAGAGACUUUGGGAAUAAUAUUGCAGCUUUCAUCCACAAAGCCACAUUGUAACUUAAAUUUUGAUAAGAAAAUAACCAUCUCUAACUGAAUGUUUUGUACAGUAGCUUAUUUGUGAAGAAUCCCAUUUAAACUUUAUUUUUCCUGUACUUUACCAGACCAAAGUGGCCACCACCUAAGAGUUUAGCAAACCUGAGAAAAGUUAGAUUUCAGCUCUGAAUUUACAAAUUUACACUGUCUUGAAACCAGUGCUAUCUCUCUGAGAUGUUGUUGCAACAAAAUUAGAUGUUGCAAUCCCUUUGUAACAUAAAACAUUCCAGCUGCUUCUACCCUGUGAACAGUCUUCCGCAAUCUUCCUAGACAAGUCCAGAAGAGGAAGGAACUUUGCCUCCUUGUCCCAAUUUAUCUAGGAAAGAUCGAAGCAACUCUGCUAGCAGUAAGAGGUUGGCUUUCCAAAUUAAUAAAAUGAUGCAGUAAAUAACCAC